CUCGCUACAUCCUUGUUGACUGGACAUCUACACUACAUGAGCUGCUGUUUACAUGUGAACAUUAGCUCAUGACGGUACCUAAGUACGUGUGUCGCCUGGACAGUCAACCUCGCUACAUCCUUGUUGACUGGACAUCUACACUACAUGAGCUGCUAUUUACGAUGACUAUAUUUUCCCCGCAGAUAUGCCUGAUAUUACUGCUUGCUAGAACGUCUUGAGACAAAGGAAGUUAUUAAAGAUGAUCAGUUUUCAACAAGUUUUCUUCACAACACUGGCGGUGAAUGUAUGGACCCAAUAUCCAGAUUUUAAUUGUAAUAUCAGAGAUCGGACUUUAAGCUGUUUUUCUGGAAUCAUUGAGAUAAAGGCGUGGUGGUAUCAAAGGUACACAUGGCCCGUCGCUCGUGAUCGAUAUCGUAGAUCUAUAUUACACAAAAACUGAGCAAAGAAAAAGCGUUUUCAUAAUGAAAAUUUACAAAUUUGACAAUAAUAGCCAGUUAAUAAUGAAGUCAGAUUCAGAAAAGUAUUACAACGUGUCUGUAGAAAAAAAGGAAAUAGAACAUUUCCAGCCUGAAAUAAUAUAUAUUGAUGAAAACCAGGAGACUUACGAAUUUACCUGCAAACAUGCCGCCAGCAAAGUAUGCGUAUUGAAACGCAAUGGUACAGUUAUUGAAAGGCAUCUUUAUAGCCCUUAUAUGACGUAUACGAAAAAUGCAAUAAACAACAUCUAUUGUUGUAUUCGAAUCAAGACAUACAAGAAUAUCGAAGGCACAACCACAACGGAAAGAAUAAUUGAGCAGUUUACACAGAUACUUCGGAAACCUACGGAAAGCAACGAAACUGAUACAUCAGUCACAGAGAUCACUGCAGCCUACCUGGGACUGUUAAUAGCGAUACCAGCAGUACUGCUGGCUGCCGUAUUGAUACCAAUAGUUUACGUUUGCUGCAAAAAGACACCGCAGCAGAAACCGCUUCCAAAUACCACCAUUCCUCCAUGGGAGCCAUUUUACAGUAACAGAAUGUUUCAAAAAUACUCCAACGAGGCAAUUUACAUUCUUCCUGAAAACAAUCAUAUAUACGCACGUAUCAAGGACGUUAGAACACAUCAGAAUUAUUAUUAUAACUAUACUUAUAAUGAAGAGCAUAAACAAAGUAUGAUGAAACGCUUCAGCAUGUAGCGACAUCUAUUGACACACAAUCAGAAAUAAUCAAAAACGAGUACAAAAUACAGAUGUCGCUAGUCAACGUGCCCCAACCUAUACUUUGUUUUAAUUAAAAUUACUUUCCAUGCUUCUGAACCGACACUUGU